AUGGCCCCCAUUGCUGUCUCACCCGAGCGGGAGCUCCUGCCAGAGACUCUGGAGGCUCUGACGGCCAAGUUUGACGAUACCUUGCGCUUCUAUCUCAACGGAACCAAGGUCGUGCUGGACGAUAUUGAUCCUGAAAUCACCGUCUUGGAGUAUCUUCGAGGUAUAGGACUGACUGGCACCAAGCUCGGCUGUGGGGAAGGUGGUUGUGGUGCCUGCACAAUCGUCGUCAGUCAAUAUAACCCUACCACGAAACAAAUUUAUCAUGCUAGUGUAAAUGCCUGUCUAGCACCGCUGGUCAGUCUAGACGGCAAGCAUGUCAUUACCAUCGAAGGCAUCGGCAACACAAAACGUCCACAUCCCACACAGGAACGUGUGGCCAAGGGAAAUGGUAGCCAAUGCGGUUUCUGCACUCCUGGCAUCGUAAUGAGUUUGUAUGCUCUUCUCAGAAACAAUGAAACACCAACGGAACACGACGUGGAAGAGGCCUUUGACGGGAAUUUGUGUCGAUGUACUGGAUACAGGCCUAUUCUUGAUGUCGCUCAGACAUUCAGCGUCGAAAGGUCCUUCCCCAACGGCCCCCCAAAGUUAAAUGGAGAUGCCGGCUGCUGCAGGCAGAAUGGAAAUAACAAUGUGCAGGCCAGCGAUGCUAAUGGAUGCUGCAAGAGUGAUACCAAUGGGACUCUUUCGGAAAAUUGUGCUACCAACAACAGUACGACCAAUGGUACUGAUAAAGCAUCUCAGAUCAACGGCGACGGGUGUUGCAUGCAAAACGGUGGUCGAUCGCCGUCUGGCGGUUGCUGCAUGCAAAAGAAGGGACUGGAUGAUCAGCCCAUCAAGCGAUUUACUCCCCCCGGCUUUAUCGAAUACAACCCUGACACAGAGCUCAUUUUCCCUCCGGCACUGAAGAAACAAGAGCUUCGGCCCUUGGCUUUCGGAAAUAAGCGAAAGAAGUGGUACCGACCAACUACCUUGGACCAGCUUCUCCAGAUCAAGAGAGUUCACCCCCAAGCCAAGAUUAUUGGCGGAAGUAGUGAAACUCAGAUAGAAAUCAAGUUCAAAGCUCUCCAAUACCCAGAAUCAGUUUUUGUUGGCGAUAUUGCUGAGCUUCGACAGUACGAGUUCAAAGACAAUCACGUUGAGGUAGGAGGCAACGUCACUCUGACAGACCUGGAAGGCAUCUGCGAAAAAGCGAUCAAGUAUUAUGGCCAUGAACGAGGUCAGGUAUUCGAGGGCAUCCUGAAGCAGCUCAAAUUUUUCGCUGGACGACAGAUCCGGAACGUUGGCACUCCAGCUGGUAAUUUAGUCACCGCGUCACCCAUUUCUGAUCUGAACCCUGCUCUAUGGGCUGCCGAUGCCGUCCUGGUAACCAAGUCUGCUACCAAGGAAACAGAAAUUCCCGUAUCACAAUUUUUUACAGGGUAUCGCCGAACAGCUCUUGCCCCAGACGCCGUCAUCGCCUCCAUAAGAAUUCCAGUGACCGCCCCCAAAAAUGAGUUCUACCGAUCUUACAAACAGGCUAAGCGAAAGGAUGAUGAUAUUGCCAUAGUCACAGGAGCGCUGCGAAUCAAGUUAGACGAUCAUGGCAUUGUUAGUGAAUGUAACUUGAUCUAUGGUGGUAUGGCUGCUACUACUGUUGAUGCCAAGACGGCAACCGCCUACAUGGUUGGCAAGAAGUUUGCCGAGCUAGAGACCCUCGAAGGAGUCAUGAACGCCUUAGGUAGCGACUUCGACAUGCAAUUCAGCGUUCCUGGAGGCAUGGCAUCUUACAGAAAAGCCCUCGCUUUUGGCUUCUUCUAUCGCUUUUACCACGACGUUUUGACGAUUCUUGAUGGUCAGAGCGAGCAUGUAGACAAGGAGGCCAUUGAUGAAAUUGAACGAUCGUUGUCAAAGGGAACAAUCGACGAGACAUCAACUGCCGCCUAUGAGCGAGAAGUCACGGGCAAGGCCAAUCCUCACCUGGCUGCACUCAGACAAACUACUGGCGAGGCACAGUACACGGAUGAUAUACCCCCUAUGGCGAACGAGCUUCACGGCUGCUGGGUGUUGUCUACCAAGGCACAUGCUAGAAUCCGGUCAAUAGAUUACUCCAAAGCUCUGGAUAUGCCUGGCGUGGUUGAUUAUAUCGACAGAAAUGAUAUGCCUUCGGCAGAGGCGAAUAAAUUUGGCCCACCCAACUUUGAUGAAGUAUUUUUCGCUGAAGGCGAGGUUCACACCGCAGGACAGGCCAUUGCCAUGAUCCUGGCGACUUCAGCCAACAGAGCUCAGGAAGCUGCCAGAGCCGUGAAGAUCGAAUAUGAGGAGUUGCCUGCUAUCCUCACCAUGGAGGAGGCUAUUGAGAAGGAGAGUUUCCACCCGGUAUACCGGGAAAUAAAAAAGGGUGACACCGAAGGUGCCUUCAAGAACUGUGACCACGUCUUCACGGGCACUGCCCGCAUGGGAGGCCAGGAGCAUUUCUAUCUUGAAACCAAUGCCUGCCUGGCAGUUCCCAAGCGUGAGGAUGGUGAGAUGGAGCUCUUUGCCAGUACGCAAAAUGCCAACGAAACUCAAACCUUUGCAGCCCGAGUCUGUGAUGUGCCGGCCAACAGAAUCAAUGUCAGAGUCAAGCGGCUUGGCGGGGGCUUUGGAGGUAAAGAAUCUCGAUCUGUUGUUCUCAGCUCUGCCGUUGCUCUGGCUGCCCACAAGACCGGAAGGCCCGUCCGCUGUAUGCUCACUCGAGAAGAAGACAUGGUGACCAUGGGCCAACGUCACCCAUUCCUGGCCUACUACAAGGUCGGUGUCAACAAAGAUGGCAAGAUCCGAGCUCUCGAUUUGGACGUUUACAACAACGCCGGCUGGACCUUCGACCUCAGCACCGCUGUCGUCGAGCGCUCCAUGUCGCACUCGGACGGAUGCUACUACAUCCCCAAUGUCUACAUCCGCGGCCGCAUCUGCAGGACAAAUACCGUAUCCAACACCGCCUUCCGGGGCUUUGGUGGCCCGCAGGGCAUGUUCAUCGCAGAAACGUAUAUGGAAGAAAUCGCAGACCGUCUUGGCAUGCCAGUAGAGAAGCUCCGUGAGAUCAACUUCUACGAGCCCCAUGGCAUCACCCACUUCAACCAAGUCAUUGAAGAUUGGCACGUCCCUCUUAUGUACAAGCAAGUAAAGGAGGAAUCCGAUUACGAUCUCCGCAAAGUUGUCGUCUCUAAAUUCAAUGACGAGUACAAAUGGCGCAAACGAGGCCUCUCCAUCAUCCCUACCAAAUUCGGCAUUUCCUUCACAGCGCUUUUCCUCAACCAAGCCGGCGCGCUCGUGCAUAUCUACCACGACGGCUCCGUGCUUGUCGCACACGGCGGCACAGAAAUGGGCCAAGGUCUACACACAAAAAUCACCAUGAUUGUCGCGCAAGCCCUCCAGGUACCUCUCGAGACGGUCUUCAUCUCAGAGACUGCCACCAACACAGUCGCAAACGCCUCGGCCACAGCCGCAUCGGCCUCAUCCGACCUAAACGGCUAUGCGGCCUUCAACGCCUGCACACAGCUCAACGAGCGACUGGCUCCGUACCGAGCUAAACUUGGCGACAAAGCUACCAUGAAGGACAUUGCCCACGCAGCAUACAUGGACCGCGUCAACCUCUCCGCCCAGGGCUUCUACAAAACCCCUGAGAUCGGAUACGUCUGGGGCGAAAACAAGGGAAAGAUGUUCUUCUACUUCACACAAGGCGUCGCCGCGGCCGAAGUCGAAAUUGACACGUUGACAGGAACGUGGACAUGUCUACGCGCCGAUAUCAAAAUGGACGUGGGCCAGUCCAUCAACCCGGCCAUUGACUAUGGUCAAAUCCAAGGUGCCUUCGUGCAAGGGAUGGGCCUCUUCACCAUGGAAGAGUCUCUCUGGCUGAGAGAUGGCCCCAUGGCCGGCAACCUAUUCACCAGAGGUCCUGGAGCUUACAAGAUUCCUGGAUUCAGGGAUAUCCCGCAAGAAUUCAACGUCACUCUCCUCAAGGACGUGGAGUGGAAGGAGCUGCGUACCAUUCAGCGAAGCAGAGGUGUGGGAGAACCGCCUCUAUUUAUGGGCAGUGCAGUAUUCUUUGCCAUCAGAGAUGCCUUGAAGUCUGCGAGGAAGAUGGCCGGCGUAGAAGCUACAGUUGGCGCAGACCAUAGUGAGGGGUUGUUAAGACUGCAUAGUCCUGCGACACCGGAGAGGAUCCGGUUGGCUUGUGAGGAUGAGAUUAUGAGAAAAGCGAGAGUACAUGCAAAGGAGGGGGAGCAGAGUUUUUUUGUUGUCAUCUAG